UGAAGAAUUCAACAGAAUCCUCUUACCGUGACGUGUUAAUGAUUUCUUUUUUGUUUGUUUGUUUGUUUUCCCCUUAGACCCUGUAAGAAAAAGGGAAACCUAAGGAUGCUGGAGCAGAACAAUGGAUUUCUCCUUCUCUUUCAUGCAAGGGAUCAUGGGAAACACAAUCCAGCAACCGCCUCAGCUCAUUGACUCAGCUAACAUCCGACAGGAGGACGUAUACGAUGCCAUCAGCGACCCCGGGGAUGAGGGAGGCCCCUCCGCCUACGAUUCGCCCCUCGAUCCGGGGUUCUCCUAUCCCCCGGACGACCUAGGGGUUGUCACCAACGGUUACCAGGCAGGAAUUGGUGCCUACGAGCAGCAGGCCAAGUUCGCGCUGUACUCGCAGUUCCCUAACGGCUCGGCUAACGGCUAUGGUGCCAUCCGCAACUAUCACCCCGACCACGGGCUGAUCUUAGGGGAGGGAACAGUGCUGAGGUCACCUGUGGUGCAGGAAAAAGCAGCAUCUCACAUCUCUUCCCCUCCUCUUUCUCACUCUCAUCUUCAUCACCAUCCCCAUACUCAUCCUCAUCCUCACCAUCAGUCGCAGCAGCACCAGCCCAAUUCUCAACUUUUACCUCAUCACCCACCUGCUCCUCCUCUGCCGCCUCCUCCUCCGCCACCACCGCCUCCAUCUUCCUCGUCCUCACAUCAUCUGCAGCCGGUUUACCCCCCUCCUCCCCUCAUCCUGCCUUCCACUCCACCUCCCCUUCAUGCUUCCAUUCAGGAUGCAGCCUCAGAGCCCGUCACCCAGAAGAAGUCGAACUCCCCCGAAAUCAAGAUCAAGAUCAUAAAGACGUAUCAGAAUGGACGCGAGCUGUUCGAGUCGUCGCUGUGCGGAGACCUGCUGCACGAGUUCCAGGAGUCGACCAGGAGGAACGAGCACAAGAAGGAGAAAAGAAAAAAGAAAAAUAGUCGACACGGUGCCUUCCCCGAACAGGAAGUGAAAAUCAGUGAUGGCCAGGUUGUGAUACAAGAGCAGAAACCGACCCUGAGUCUCAACAGCCCUAAAACAGAACCCAAGGAGGUCCGAGUGGAUAAAAUCAUGACCUCGGUGUGUGUGGAGUAUGAGAUCGGAGAUCUGGUGUGGGCUAAAGUAGGGACGUACCCAUGGUGGCCCUGCAUGGUCUCCUCAGACCCCCAGCUAAAGGUUCACAUACGCAUUAACACCAGAGGUCACCGGGAAUACCAUGUACAGUUUUUCGGCAGUGUGGCUGAGCGGGCUUGGAUUCAUGAGAAGAGGAUCGUGGUGUAUAAAGGAGAGAGUCAGUUUGAGGAACUGCAGGCAGAAACUUUACGCAAAACCACCAAUCCCACUGAGAGACAGAAGCUGCUGAAGCCUCGGACUCAGAGAGAGCGUGCUCAGUGGGAAGUGGGCGUCGGCCACGCUGAGGCGGCAAACGCCAUGACCCGAGAGGAGCGUAAUGAGAAUUACACGUUCAUUUACAUUGACAAACUUCCUGCUGAUGCAGAACCUAGCGAUGACCCUGUUACCCCAACGAGGAUGAAAAAACGGAGGACAAGACGCUCCAAGAGCUUAAAGAAAGAUGAUCCUGCAACACUCCCACGCCGUCAACAGCCUCGACGCCAGUGCAGCGUUUCAGACACUCAGGAGGAAGAGGCGGAGCCUGAGGACACAACAGAAACGCAACCUUCGCCCCCUCCGGUCCGGACUCCUUGGAGAACGGCGGCCGCCCGGAAGCUGCUUCCGCUCUCCGUCACAAUGAAGAAGCUUAACGUGGAGAUCGUCAUUAAGAGACACCGGCAGCUUAAAAAGGCUGAGAAGAAGCAGGCUCAAACCGAGGGCGCAGGUAAAUCACCUGUUCCGGAGCAGGAAAGCGGCUCAAAUCCGGGCUCCACUGAUGCGGUUAAUUGCAGUCUGAAGCUGAAGAGACACAAAUUUCUUCGACACAACUGA